CCGUCGUGGUGGUGAAAAGUGUGUGUCCUGGGCUCGCCAGACAGUAGUGACAGAAAAUUACUGCUUUUUUUUCGUUUGUCUCAUCCUCUGAAGUCAGUUUUGCCAGUUUGGUUGAAGUGAAUCAAGAGUGACAUCGGUUCGGAGGAACUGUUGUAGCAGACGAGAAGAAGGAGGCUGCGCUCGGUUUGAUGAAGUGAACCUGCUCAAAACUGGACAGAUUGUCGUGUUGGUUGGUUCUUUUUUGUUUUUUUUUUUUGACUAGCUGGAGGGAAUCAGACGAAAAAGAUUGUGCCCAAGAUUGCUUUUUCCACCUACAACCGCCAAUCGGAUGUCCCACCAUGCCUUCCGGUGGCAAUAAAAAAUCGCCCGCUGCCGGCGGCUCCCGGGGCAAAUCCUCUAAGAAAGCCCCUGCCGGUAAUGAGGCAGCCGCUGCCGUCAACACUUCCGCUCAAACCAACGCCACCGGCGACGAGGACCAGAACUCGGGCUUUGCCGAAUAUUUGCGCUCCUCGCAAGGUUCUGAAAUGCUGAAGCUGUUUGUGGUGGCCAACUCGAUCGUGAUGUUCCUGACGGUGGCCUGGCCACAGAUGAAGAAGUCGUACGAGAUGCUGAUGUCGUACUUUGGGGAGGAUGGGGAGGAUGAGUUUUAAAGAACACAGUUUGUUAAGUGAAUAAAG